CCGCGGGGAGGUAACCAGCGUGAUGCGGUUUCUGAGUGGCGUAACGGACCGUCAAUCAAGAACGUCACGGUCCGUCGCUCCGGAGAGGGUGGUCGUGUGUUGGGUGAUGGCGGUCGUGUGGAGUUUUCGGUGUCUGUGAACUCGAGGAUGGGUCGGUUUGAUGGCUGAGCCAUGCACUCAGCUGGCUUCUCGGUACAUCAGAUCCUGAGCCUGGGCCUGAUCCCCCGGGUCGGGAAUGCGACCUGCCCUGGAAAUGCCACCACAGCUCUUUGCCAGUUCUCCGAGAUGUGGUAUGCAGUGUUCCUUUGGGCCUUACUGUCUACGGUUUUUAUCUAUGUUCCUGCCGGAUUAUUGGCAUUUGUAAUGUUACGACACCACAAAUACGGACGUUUCAUGUCAUUGGGCAUCCUGGCAGGGAUCCUUGGACCAAUCACUGCAGCAGUGUUGACCAGUGCAGCUAUUGCUGGUGUCUACAGAGCUGCAACAAAGCAAAUGGUGCCUUAUGAAGCUCUGGUUCUUGGAGUGGGACAGGUAUUUUUCAUUGUGGCAAUUGCUUUCCUACGAAUUUUAGCAACUUUAUAGCAGAAGGUGAUCUGCUCAUCUAAGUGAGCAGGGUUACAGUCAACAACUGCAAAUGUGUGGCUGCGUGAGAACUACACUCUACCAGUGGAAUCCAAACUAAGCUCGAUGCCAAUUAUUGCUGCUCAACAAAAAUGAAUUGACAAAAUCAUACAUGCACAUCUCAAUGGGUGGCCAAGCUUGACAAACAAAGAACGUGUAUACCUGUCUUAAACUACUGAGAUCUGUUUCUUUUUCAAAAGAGAAAGCCAAAAGAGGUCAUUUGCAUUAAAAGGCACACAGAUAGACUCCUGUUUUCCACACUUUAAACAUGAGGUGAAGACUUGUAUAAGUAUUUUGUAAAAAAAGGUAUACAAUGUUUAUUGUAGGACUAGAAUACAGACGAUCUCAAGUUCUUCGUAGGGUGUACAGAAAUUGUAUUUUCAUUCUGCUCACUGCAUCUCAAUAUUUCAACAGUCGGAAUAAUUAUAAAUGGCAACCAAAACACAUAUAACUGAAGAUUACCAAAGGGUAGGUCACAUUAGAAAACAUACUCAAAGAAUUGAAAUGUUGACUGCUUCACGGUUUAAACAAAGUGAACAGUCCAAACAAUGUGUGGACUCUCAUUUUUAGAGUCCGCCUAUUUUAUAAUUUGUGGGUAAUUUCAGAAUGCUUUGACUAUAAAAGUUGAAUAGUUGUUUAAUAGAAAUGAAAUUCCAUUGUUUGAAAUUGUGACCUUAAUGAUUCUUUAUUGUGCACUCAACUCAGUUAAACAUUGAUUAUAAAAAUCUAUUUGUCUUUUUACACUGUACAGAAAAGUAGUAAAUAUUACUAAGUAAAUAACAUUUAAGAACAUAUUGAUUGUAAAACAAGUUUGUGUAUAAUUUUAGUGGCAAUUUUCUUAACAGCCAAAACUAAGGCUCAGAGCUGCCCUAAAUGCCAAUGACAUGUUCUUUACUUCUGAAGACAUGAUAAAUAAGCAAAUUUAGUUUUCUUAAUGUAGAUUUAGUGCUGCAAAUAAUUUGCUAAGCCAGUGUCUGAGAAGGUCAUCUAUAUUUCAGGCUAAUUAACAGGUACUGGCUCUUGAUUAUAUAUGUAAAAUGUAGAGCAUGACUUUGGAAAUUAUCUGUAAUAUUAACUAUGACAGAGUGUUAAGUUUGUUUCUUAUUUUGAAUUUCGGGCUGAAAAGAUGGAAUUUCUUUUCAGUGACAACUUUUUUGGCAUUGACAUGUGUUGAUUGCAGCAGUAUCUGCAUGUGUAUGUACAAUUCAGGUGUGCCAACUGUUUUAAUAUUUUCUAGUAUUUAAAACAGCCAUUUUAAUAUUUGUACAUUAUUGUUGAACUGCUCCAUAUGUUCAUGUUGAGCCUGUGCAUGAGAACAUUUGUUUAGUCAUGUAUAUGAGCAAUUGUUAAUGAACCCAUUUUAGAUUAACUGUGAGGAAAAACAAUCUUCAAACCUGUGUUGACUAAAUAUACUGGAUAACUAUGAAAGCUGAGUGUCUUACAUGCCGAAGUUUCCAGUUGAACAGAUUUCCAUGAUUUGCCAACCAUUUAAACAGGUUUGAAUAUAGUUUCUAAUUUUGCAUAUAGUGAUAUAUUGCUGCAAAAUAAUUUAUUUAGCUCUUAUAAAAAAGAAAUGAUAGAUCCCUCUAAUUUAUACAGACUGCUCUUUUCAAAGUAGCUAGACAUUAAUAUUUUGGGCUAAUAAAUGGAAGAAUCAGAAAUCAUGUCAACAUCAUCAUCAAAUCUGAUUCCAUUUCAAUUAUUCUAUGUGAUAAAACAUCUUUCAAUGAAAGCUAUCAGUUGGCAAGCCCAGACAAAACCUUGAUUUGUAUAAGAGAAGGACAUUGGAGAAGGUGAGGGAAGAGGAGAGCAGUGCUAACGUCUGGCUUUUGGUGAGGUGGGUGCUGGGGGUGGAUGGAAGAGUCUGUGCUUUUUCUGCUGUGGCUGUUUACUUUGUACAAGUUUGAUUUUUUUCUCCCCCCUUAGUUAUCUGUUAUUUGUUUUUGUUCUCUGUACAGUUAUUUUUGUGCUCUUCCAAUGCUCCCUUUUUUAAAAAGAAAUGAUUUGUCCACUAUCGUCAUGAUUAUGCCCUGAUCUUGUUCAUAGCAACUACGUACUAAUGGUGGGAAGUUGUUUUAUUUGGUGUCUCAUGACACACUUAUUUGCUAAAUGAUUACCAAGGAAAUUAUUGUGUGUGUUUUAGGAGUGAAGGGAGGUUAGUAAACUGGUUGCAGGAGAAGGUUUGAAUAAAAUUAUCAAGGAAAUCAUUUGUUCAUCACAAAAUAUGAAGGAAGGAUGUGAGUUGGUAAUUUUCAUUGAAAAUUAAAUGGAAUGCUACACUGUACCCUCCAAAAUUCCAGGGAGAUUCCAAGUGAUAAAAAUAGGAUUCCAUUUUGUCAACAUUAAAUAUUAGCCUUGUGGGUAAUGUACAGGAAAAUACUACGAAUAUUGACCUAUAAAAAAGACUUGUCUUUUCACUUAUAAUCUGAUAUUUUCCUCAUGUUUUAUUUAUUGUCUGUUUUUAACCUUGUUCUAUCUUUUUAACCAGAGGAGUACUUCUAAAUUAUUUCAUGCUGCCCUGCAAAUUUGCUUAUGUCAAGUCAAUGGUUGUGAUACUGUCAAUACCAUAGAUACAAUAUACAAGUCUGCUAUGCUUUGCGUGCAGUUAUAUAUCUAGUGAGCGUAAAUAUAGUGUAAGUAUGUUUGCACUUUUUAUUUUGAGGUUGGUUAUGUUUAAACCACAUUAGUGAAGAUUUACUAAUCAUUGUUACUUGCAUUCAUACAAAUUAGUUUAUUGUUCAAAUUAUACGUUUUUGUAAUAUUCAAUGUAUGCAGUGGAAGCCUCUAACCUGUGACAUCUUUCUAAAUGGAUCAUCAUGGUACAGUCAAAUAGGUUGUUAACUUGCUUGAUUGUUACUUAAACAUGUCUAACAAUGUGAAUUUAAGUGUUUAUUAUGGGUUUUUAAUACUGUGUAAUGAUCAGAUUUGUUUUGAAAUUUAUAUUGUCAACAUGGGGAAAUCAGAAUUUUUAUUUUUCUACUUACAUUGCUAAUUUUGGUGAUAUUUGCUGGAAAAUAUUUAUACAAAAUAAAUUUAUA